AGAGGAGGCAGCGGGAAUAUUGUACCUGAUGGACAGAAUGACGGAAGAUGCCCUGCGCCUGAACCUCUUGAAGCGGAGCUUGGACCAAGCGGACGAUCGGGAUGACGUCCUGGCCAAGAGGUUGAAAAUGGAAGGACACGAAGCCAUGGAGCGCCUGAAGAUGUUGGCACUGCUGAAGAGGAAAGACCUCUCGGGCAUCGAGGUGCCCCACGAGCUCCCGGUGAAACAGGACGGCGUGAAGGUCUACGAGGAGAAGCUGAACGGGAGCCUCAGGCCCCAUGGGGAUGGCAGGACUGCAGGGAGGCCGGGGAAGGAGAACAUCAACGAUGAGCCGGUGGAUAUGAGCGCGAGGAGGAGUGACCAGGACAGGGGGCGAUUAACCCCUUCGCCGGAUAUAAUUGUCCUCUCCGAUAACGAGGCGUCCAGUCCCCGCUCCAGCUCCCGCAUGGAGGAAAGACUUAAAGCAGCAAAUCUUGAAAUGUUUAAGGGUAAAAGCAUAGAGGAGAGACAGCAGCUGAUCAAGCAGCUCCGGGAUGAGCUCCGGCUGGAGGAGGCCAGGCUGGUGCUGCUGAAGAAGUUGAGGCAAAGUCAACUGCAGAAGGAGAACGUGGUACAGAAGACUCCGGUUGUCCAGAAUGCGGCGUCUAUUGUCCAGCCAUCUCCUGCUCACGUGGGACAGCAGGGCCUGUCCAAGCUUCCCUCCAGGCCUGGAGCUCAGGGGGUUGAGCCUCAGAACUUAAGGACAUUACAGGGUCACAGCGUCAUCCGGUCGGCCACGAACACGACCCUGCCCCACAUGCUGAUGUCGCAGCGUGUGAUCGCUCCCAACCCUGCCCAGUUACAGGGGCAGCGGGUUCCUCCCAAACCCGGCCUCAUCCGCACUACAACUCCGAGCAUGAACCCAGCCAUCAACUACCAGCCGCAAUCGAGUUCUUCUGUUCCUUGCCAGCGGACGUCGUCUUCAGCCAUCUAUAUGAACCUUGCCUCCCACAUCCAACCCGGCACGGUCAACAGGGUGUCUUCUCCUCUCCCCAGCCCCAGCGCCCUCAACGACGCCGCCAACUCCCAGGCGGCCGCCAAGCUUGCCCUCCGCAAGCAGCUGGAAAAGACGCUGCUGGAGAUUCCCCCUCCCAAACCCCCUGCUCCCCUCCUCCAUUUCUUGCCCAGCGCGGCCAACAGCGAGUUCAUCUACAUGGUGGGGCUGGAGGAGGUGGUGCAGAGCGUUAUCGACAGUCAAGGGAAAAGCUGCGCGUCCCUCCUGCGCGUGGAGCCCUUCGUCUGCGCCCAGUGCCGCACCGACUUCACCCCGCACUGGAAGCAGGAGAAGAACGGGAAGAUCCUGUGCGAGCAGUGCAUGACUUCCAACCAGAAGAAGGCACUGAAGGCAGAGCACACCAACCGGCUGAAGAACGCCUUCGUCAAAGCUUUGCAGCAGGAGCAGGAGAUCGAGCAGAGGUUACAGCAGCAGGCGGCCUUGUCCCCCACCGCGGCCCCCGCCGUCUCCAGCGUCAGCAAACAGGAGAACAUCAUGAGGCACCACACGCUCCGGCAGGCUCCUCAGCCCCAGAGCACUUUGCAGCGCGGCAUCCCCACCUCGGCCCGCUCCAUGCUCUCCAACUUCGCCCAGGCACCCCAGCUCUCGGUGGCCGGCGGUCUCCUCGGCAUGCCAGGUACUGUCCCCACGGGGGCACGGGGAGGGACGGGGCUUGGGGACAAAGGGAGAGGUUGA